GUCGCUAGGGGCGGCCUAGCAGCGGCCGUCAUGGCGGCGGCGCUGAGGCUUGGCCUGCUUCUUUUCUUGUCGCCGCUUCGCGCAGCCGAGCCCAGCACCGAGCUCCCAUCCAGCCCAGAGGCGUCAUCGAAGACCCGUGCUACCGCUUGGAAGCGGGGUCGCAGCGGGCCGGCCCCGCUCACGGACGUUGCCAAGCUGUGUGUUUGUGAUCUGUUGGUGGCACAGUGUGAUGUAAAUUGCUGCUGUGACCCUGACUGCAGUGCUGAAGAUUUCAGUCUCUUUACUACAUGUUCAGUUCCUAUUGUCACAGGUGACAGCCGUCUUUGUAGUCAGAAAGCUGCUAUAUAUUCACUUGAUACUGAAGCAAAUCCACCAGAAAGAGUUUUUAAAUUAGUUGACCAUAUAAAUCCCAGUGUUUUCUGCAUUCAUGCUACAAACUAUGAACAGGCACUCUCCUUUAGCUCCCCUGAAACACCUACUGCUGAAAAUUUUGAUCAACUGCUUAAAAAGUAUGGAGGUGCUACUUUCAGUGCUGAGCCCAACAGCUGGAGUAUGAACUCAGAUGCUUCAGAUCCUUCUGAUGCAAACAAGAGUUACAGAUAUGAGUAUGGUGUUCCUAUACAGACGGUGGAUGCAUUUCUCAGGCUGCCUAGUCCUGUUGUCUCCUCUUGGUGCUCUGAUGCAAACCCUGCAGGUUUCCUAGUACACCAGGCUACAAAAUGCAUUCGAUCAAUCAGUGUGGAAAACUGUGGCAACAUUCAAGCAGUUAGCAUGCUUUUUUAUAUCAACUCCAGCAUUUUAGCAGUGCCUAAAUCUAGUCAGAUGGUGAGUUAUCAUAUUACAUACACAGACACAGGAGAAAUAAUAGAAGCAGCUGCUUCUUUUGUCUUGGGAGCAGUUAACAAAGAAGCACUUUCAGUACAACAGAGCUUUGAAAUCAGCUUUACUCAGGUAAAUACAAAUCCAGUUCCUUUCAGUGGUAAUCCUGGUUAUGUUGUUGGACUGGCUGUAAGAGCGGGCUUCAAGCCACAAGGAUCAGGCAUCAUUCAGAAUACUAACAAAUAUGGUCAGCUUACCAUUCUGCAAAGUACAGCCCACCAGGAUUGUCUCACAGCACAGGAAGCCAGAACCCCAGUGUUAUUUGGUUACAACAUGAUAUCAGGCUGUAAGUUACGAAUUACAGCAGCUAUGAAUUGCCAGCCCUUGGCUCAGGUCCUCCUAGAUUUACUGAUGGGACAAAGCUUUCCUGAGUACGUGGCCCCAUUUGGAAAUUCUCAAGCCCAGGAUGUGCUUGACUGGGUGCCAAUAACUCACCUUCGCACCUCAGAACAGAGCUCCUGCCAAAUACCAGUAGCACUUGAAAUAGAAGUGAAGUGGACUAAAUAUGGAUCCCUAGUCAAUCCACAAGCCAGAAUAGUAAACGUUACAGCAACAACCACUACUACUACAUUGAAGCAGCUUCCUCUGGGAAGAGAAAGGACUAUUCCUAUAACAAGUUCUGUUGUUUUCACUGAUAUUUCUUCACCUGCAGAACCAGGCUAUAAAGCUUGGCCCACCAUUAAUGCCAAGUUACCCCAUGACUUUUUCUUCCCAUUUGUCUAAGGUAAGUGCCCAAAACAAAACAAAACAAACAAAAAGAUAAAAAGCUAAUUUCUUUUUCCUAUUUUUAAUCAAUUUCCUAAAGAAGCAAAGUUUAUCCAGUCACUGUGUUGGCCCAUCAGUUUCUUCCAAACUGUAGGCAUGCUGAGUUAAAAACUGUCCAAUAGAAAAAAAGGUGAGCCCUUGUGAGGGUUCUCAAAAGCUUUAAGGUAGGGGAAAAAAAAAAAAAAGAAAGAAGUAUGAAUGAUGAGUUGCCAAUUGCACUUCUGCUGAGAGGAAAAAAUGUUGCAGCAUGAACUUGGUGGUGGCUGCAAGCUGGCCCAUCAGCACACAUCCAACCAGCAGCUGGGCACUCUGAGCUAGCUCCAGACUAACAGUCUGGGACUCACAGCAAGCAGGCAGAAAGGGAAGGAGCACAGCUCCAUAGGAAACCAGGCUUCAUUAUUCUGUGAACAGCAGAGCUAAUUGUUAAUUAAAGUAAUCGUGGCAUUAGAUAAGGCCUCCACUUUUAUCCAUUUCUAUAGAUGAAUGAGCUACGUAUUUCUAGCUAUUUUCCCCAAACCACUAAUUAAUUACAUUUCUUUUAAAAAAAAUGUAAACAGUGAAGCAAUGCUUUCAGAAGAGCUCAGUGACCCUCCAGCUGGCUGCAGCUGAAAUCAAUUGGAGAAGCCUGCUGCAGUCAACACCUUUUGAAAUUCCUAUUCCUCAAGUCACACACUUUAACUAUAAAACACCCCAGGACUGCUGGUACCUGAACAAGUUCACACUGUAUUCAAACACCAACCUAGUCCUUUAGAAUAUGCUUCCUAAUUUAUUUAUUUAUUUUUCCUGGAGUCUAGCUGUUCCCAGCAGUCCACUCACCUACAUCUUGUCUUACAUAUUCUGAUUCUUUUAAUGUGUUGAUUUAAGAGCUGUGGAAGCAGAUGACUCGGUAGCCCAGCAGGCUGCAAAUGAACACUUAAAUGGAAGAAGACAUGAGAGAAUACAGUAUCAGAACUCAGAUCUGCUGUUGAGAAUCAAGCAUUGUUUGACAUGAGAUGGCAUGUGUUUGCCUCUAUUUUGGUGCUCAUUUGAUUGUCAACUAAAGAAGUCGGAAUUUGGUAUUUUUGGAAGUGAACAUUACAUAAAUAACAAAGUGGCACAAGCAGCAACAGAAAAGGAAUCAACCAGCAAUAUGAGAAGAACAGCUAUCAAAGAAGAGAUGUAGUAGUGAUGAACGGUCAGCUGUGAGAGAAGUGAGCUCUCCAGCCUGAACUCUUAUCUCUGCAACAGCAAGUUUCUACAAGGUGUUGCAAACAAAGAACCUUAUCGCUGAAAAACAUCAUUCCUUGAAAUGGGUGGUACUUCCUGAAUGUACAGCUUGUAAAGUUGUGUCUUUAUUAAAUUAUUUUGCAGUUUUGUCUGUACAACUGUA